UCUCAUGGAACAAGUGAUUAAGGCAACAAGAAAUCAUUUAACAUUUGUAGAGUAACAAAGCAAGUGAUCUUCAGAAAUGCAGCCAUUUGAAAUGCUCAUGAACCCCAAACAAGUCUUCCUCUCAGUGCUGAUAUUUGGAGUAGCAGGGAUUUUUCUCUUCAUGUAUUUGCAGGUCUGGAUUGAAGAACAACAUACAGGGAGAGUGGAGAAGAAAAAAGAACUAAAAGCAACGUCAGGAUGGGGAUCAGUAGACUACUUGAGACCUGUGGCCAGGAUUUUGACUAAAGAAAAUAUCCAGGAUCAUAUCACCAACCAGAACCCCCAGUUUCACUUGCAAGAGCAUCUGAAGGAAAACUUACUCACCUCUGGAAGUCCUAUUAGGGCUUUAACCAAGACCAGCAACCUACAGGGGAAGGAUGAAGCUUUGACUAAAACUAAAGAGUCACCAACAAUUAAAUUGAUUGAAAAACAUCAAAGAUCUAAUAAUAUUUUUAAAUUCAGUGAAAUAAAUUGGUCUGCGAACAUUCACCCUUUAAACAAAAGUCUAGUCCAAGAUAACAAGUGGAAGAAAACAGAUAUGAUUCAAGAAAAACGCAGGUCAUUCCUUCAGGAAUUUUGCAAGAAAUAUGGUGGGUUGAGCCAACUUCAAUCACGUCUUUUUCAUGCAGUAUCCAGGAUUUAUGUAGAAGAUAAACACAAAGUGUUAUAUUGUGAAGUACCCAAAGUAGGCUGUUCCAACUGGAAAAGGAUUCUAAUGGUACUAAAUGGAUUGGCUUCCUCUACAUACAACAUUUCCCAUGAUGCUGUCCACUCUAGGAAGUAUUUAAAAAAAUUAGAUAGCUUUGACUUAAAGGGGAUAUAUAUGCGUUUAAAUACUUACACCAAAGCUGUGUUUGUUCGUGAUCCCAUGGAAAGAUUAGUAUCAGCAUUCAGGGACAAAUUUGAACAUCCCAAUAAUUACUAUCAUCCAGUAUUUGGGAAGGCAAUUAUAAAGAAAUACCGGCCAAAUGCCUAUGAAGAAGGUUUAAAUAAUGGAUCUGGAGUCAAAUUCAAGGAAUUUGUCCAAUAUUUGUUGGAUUCCCACCGUCCAGUAGGAAUGGACAUUCAUUGGGAAAAGGUCAGCAAACUCUGUUAUCCAUGUUUGAUCAACUAUGAUUUUUUAGGGAAAUAUGAAACUUUGGAAGAGGAUGCCAAUUAUUUUUUACAGCUGAUUGGUGCUCCAAAAGAGCUGAAAUUUCCAAACUUUAAGGAUAGACACUCUUCUGAUGAAAGAACUAAUGCUCAAGUUGUCAGACAAUACUUAAAAGACCUGACUACAACUGAAAGACAAUUAAUCUAUGAAUUUUACUACUUAGACUAUUUAAUGUUUAAUUAUACAAGCCCAUUUUUGUAGUUUGUCUAUAUUUUCUAAAACUAUGUAUUUACUUCAUAAUGAUGGCUUCAAAUCAACUACUAUAAUUUUGCUAUAAUUCUGUUUGAAAGAAAUCUAACUAAAUACAGUUGUCUUGAUUUAAUGAAAACUUUCACCAUA